CGCCGGCGGCUCACCUGAGCGGCGCAUAACCUCCAAGUGGAGACGCGUGUCGUCUGGAAAAACUAUCUGCUACUAACUCCAACCGCGUCGGAGCGGAUAUACGUGUCCCGACGAGCCCUCUCAUCCGCCCGCUCCAUGGCCAUUGUCGCCCUCUGUCCCCUUCCCCCGGAAGGUGAAUUACAAAGACCACUCAGCUUAUUGGACGAUCGUCGGAGAGAUGGAUAUGGACAGAAUCAAACGAUGUGCUACCUUCAUUGUGAUUAGAUGACGGGACAGCGUUCUUCUUGCAGCAGUGAAAGAACAUGCUGCAGUACUUUGACGUUUUUCAGAACCGAUGAACACAAAAGAAAGAAACAGAGUCAUUCUCUGGAAAUCAUUUUCGAUUGACAAGAACUACUGAUCAGUUAGUUUUUCAGUUUGUAUAUCAUAUGCCCUCAGCAUAGAACUGUAUGCUGAGUGUUACCCCCUGUGAUGCUGGUUAUGAGUUGUUCAUCCACAUCCAAUGAGCCAGAGAGCUGCAGCAGUGGGGGGAGCGGCUGCAACACUUCCUCCAUCACUACCUCUGAUCCAUUAUCUAUGUCUGGACAGACCAACGGCACCUUGGCUUCUCUUAGCGAUGUCCCUGAUAUCACCAACCAAGAAGCUCCGCCUCCCCCUCCGCUACCACCUCCACCUCCAGGGGCACCCCCACCUCCUCCGCCGCCGGCAACAACAUCCAUCAACCACAACACGAGGAAAAAGCGCCGUGUGCGCAGCUUCUUCUGGAAGCCCAUCCCAGAGGAGAAGGUGCGUGGGAAACCGAACAUCUGGACCCUGGCGGUGCGACAGCAGCAGUACCAAAUAGAUGUUCGCUCUGUGGAGGAGCUUUUCGGGCAACAGGAGGAGGCAGUAGCGGGUUUACGUGGCGCAGCUGCAGCAACUGGAAGCUCGGCUCGUGUUUCAAGAUCUCGCUCUUUUAAGGAGAGCAGCAAGGAUGAAAUCAGCAUCCUCGACUCAAAGAGGGGGAUGAAUGUGGGCAUUUUCCUCAAGCAGUUUAAAAGGUCCAACCACUCCAUUGUUGAAGACAUACGGCGAGGAGAGGGAAAGAGUUAUGGAGCAGAGCUGCUCAAAGACUUGCUCAAGCUCCUACCUGACACUGAAGAGAUCAAGAAACUUCAGACGUUUAAAGGGGAUCCAGACAAGCUGACACUGGUUGAUUCCUUUAUGUUCCUCUUAAUCCAGGUACCACGGUUUGAUGUUCGUAUCGAAGCCAUGGUCCUCCGAGGAGAGUUCUUCCCUUCCUGUGCCGUGAUGAGCCGCGAGAUCGAUGUUGUCCGCGUUGCCACUAAAGAGCUGAUGGGCUGUGAGGAGCUUCAUGCCAUCCUUCAUCUGGUGCUGCAGGCUGGAAACAUCAUGAAUGCCGGUGGCUACGCAGGAAACGCUGUGGGAUUUAAACUGUCAUCUCUCCUCUCACUGGCUGACACCAAGGCCAACAAGCCAGGGAUGAACCUGCUUCAUUUUGUUGCUAUGGAGGCGAAAAAGAAAGAUGAAAUGCUGCUCAAGUUUCCAGAGAAAAUUCAGGAUGUGCAAAGUGCAGCCAGAAUUUCAGUGGAAAACAUCGAGAUGGAGUUUUCCUCCUUAUAUGUUCGUAUCAAGUCGUUGGAGGAGAAGGUUCAAGGAGACGAGGGGUUAUUGCAGCAGCUGGAGCCCUUUCUGCAGAGCUCAGCGCAGACACUUCAGGACCUAAAGAGACGCAGGCUGGAUCUGCGUAAAGAGGGGAACUCUCUCAUUGAUUUUUUUUGCGAAGACAAGGACACCUUCAAGCUGGAUGAGUGUUUCCGCAUCUUUCAAGACUUCUGCAUCAAAUUCAAGAAAGCAGUUAAGGACAACACGGACCGCGAGUUGAAAGAAGCAGCCAGACAGCGGCGCCUAAAGGAACUGGAGGAGAAACGUUUUGCGUGGUCAGCAGGUGACGACCAGAGCGGUGUAUUCGGCCGCAGCAGCAGCGAGAACGACGUGGAAAUGCUCACUAAAGAAGGCCUUCUAGACUUCUUCCAAAAGAGGUCUCAGAGUCCACACGGCAAUCUUGGACGCUCCUCGAGCGCCCGCCGCCACCGUCACACCAUGACCUCCGUAGCAGAUCGUGAACUCAAGGGAUACCUGGAGGUGUUUGGAAGCACUGGAAGUCCUACCGACUAUUACAAGUUUAACAGCCUGCCUCGGUCGGGUCGCCCUGUCCAGCGGAGGACGACCCCCUGGAAUUUAGGCCACGACGACAGCCGUGAGCUGGACUGCAACAGAGAGGCGACAUCUCCACAUGCAGAAUCUGAACCCAUCAGUCCCUUGGCAAGGUUUUCCUCCUCUGGACUAAACGACGAGGAUCCAUAUCACAACAAUAAUUACUCCUCAGUGUCAGAGAGCAGUGUUCUGCCUCACCCCUUGUGUGUUUUUCAGAAGUCCACUCAUCUUCCUAACUCAACAGUUACCGGCCACAUGAAUGUUAGCGUGGAGAAGCAUACUUUAGUUCGAGGUCCUCGAGCUUUUGACCUCCCCAGUCCAAACAACAACAGCAAUCAUAACCGCUUUGUCAAUCAGGGAGAUGUUGUAGUGACAGAGCUGGAAAAGAAGAGACCUUCACCUCCGAAAAGUCUGGACGGCCUUCUAAACGUUUUAGAGAACAGAGCAGGUCAAAAGACAGAAUGGGAAGGUAAAGUACAUUCUCACUCACAGACAGGGUCUGAAAAGGACAAGGAAGAGGAGGACUGCAGCACAAUUUCAUCAACAACCUGUGAUACUCCACUCCCACUAGAUUCCUGCGUGUCCAAUAAGAAACCAGUGUUUUACAUAUUAGACUGCACAGAAACAGACUGCUCUGUUGCGUUGGAUUAUUCUGAGGUCCAAAGCUCGUCUCUAACAAAAGAAGGCCUUCAAUUAAGACCUGACAGAAGGAAGGAACAGGAAAUCCAGCAAGAUCUAAGCUCUUUGUCCUCUAAUGUGGACUCCAUGUCACCCAAUGACUUGUCAGUUUCAGUCAAUGAGUUUUCAGAGUCCAAGUCUGUGGGUGCAGAAUAUGUGGCUCCACCUGCUAAUGCUGAAGAGUGGGACACGGACAGCUGUGACACAGCUGAAGGAAAACAGCCCGUGGAGGAAGACACGCAGAGAACCAGCAAGAAAACGGCUCCAGCUAAGAACAAAGUGACCAAAGGCAGUGGAGGUCGAGGGGUGCGAACGCUGACCAGCAGCGAGAGCCAGGGAAUGCGGAAAGUUGUGCCUAUAAACAAGCUUAUUAGGGCAAGUAGCAGCAAGCGAGCAGAGAGGCCCUUAUUGCACGACGGCGGAGAGACACGCCGGCCUCUCCGUGAUCAGAGCACCCCGGUGAGAGGAAGGAGUGACAAGACAGCGAGACCUCCUCGACACUCGAGUCUGCCUCCCAAUGAGUCAACGGUGCAGAGGCCGGGCGGAGUCACAGGCAGCCUUUCAAGGUGGGCACGCGAUUCAACGCCGAGGACAGCUUCCAUUCACAAGCCAAACGCAAAACCCCUGAGAAAUAUCCCCAAGCCUGCGCCUGAGGAGAAGAUGUGCCGCUCCACUAUGAGAGCCCUUGCCCAGGCCCAAGCGCAGGCUCAAGCCCAGGCUCAAGCCCAGGCCCCCGCCCAGGCCCCCGCCCAGGCCCAAGCCCCGGCUCCAGGCGGAGGUUCCUCCGAGAACAGCAGCUCCCUGACACAGAGUGUAAAGAACAGCUGUGAUAUCCCCAGCUUUGCCCGUAACACUGUAGCUUCAUCUUCCCGGACCAGAAAGGAGCUCCAACCCCUCUCCAUCCCCUCCACACCGUCUCGCAGCCCCUCACUCCUCAGUCGACAAUCCUCUGCGAGGCAGGGCAUCCCGUCCCCCACACCUCCCACCGGUGAGGAGAAGCCGCAAGGGACGAGCCUACGACGGGUGCAAAGCGUGAAGGUGUCCGGCCGUAGCGCCUAUCGUAGCGAGACUCCCCCUCCGUCUGCACCACGGGAGGAUAUCCGAAAGACUUUCAGCUUUUCUGAAAAGUCUGCAACACCUAAAGACUCGUUGACGUCCAGCAGAAUCACAAAGCCGAGCUGGAAAUAAAAAACAAAUGUGGAGGAGACUAAUUGCAGAAAGAGGAGCAGAUAGAUAGCUUUUUGUUUCAUGUAAAGUGAUAUUUGCCCUUCUAUCCGCCCAUAAAAUGCAAAAUGCACUCAACAAUCUGCAAAACUCAUUAAGCUAACUUACCUCUUAAGGUUUCUCCGGUAGUUGACUGUUUCAUGUUAACGAAUUGCAAAGAGCAAUGAUGCAAUGAGUCUUUUCAUGUUUCCAUGUUGUUGAUUUUAUUUUUUUUAACUAAGUUGACAAACGGCAAAUUGGUGCUUGACACAAAAGCAUUUUUGCCUGCAUAGCUGUCUGUGGACUGCACGUGUUAGCGUCCACAACGAUGUUGACGUGAAAAAACUGCUGACUCACUUUGUGAUGCUGCUAAUUAGCUCUGACAAUUCAAGACUGAGUUUGAGUUUCAGUGUCUGCUUUCAUUCAGGGUCUCAGCGUCUGCUGUACCUUUACCUUGCUGCUCUUAGGGCUGUUAGAAUUGCUGCAUCUUUUAUUUUGUUCUUUGCUUGAUACCUCACAAAGAUCCGUGGCCUUGUACCAGCAGAAAAACAGCUCUUUGGUUCUGGUGUGACGAUGUAGACAAAAUUGGAUCAGUUUUAACACAACUGUAAUGUCACAUGUUUGAAAGUCCCUGGUUCAUUAAUGUUACUACAUUAUAUGGUAGAAGUUAUUAUGCCAGUGUAUGCCAACUGUGGUACUUCCUAUACUUUGUUAUGUCUGUCAGUAGUUUGUAAAUGUGUUAUAACUCUUCACUGGUAUCAUCGAGUUGAGAUGUUUUUUUCUGUUUAGACUAUACAUGAUAAUGCUCUUUAAAACAAAAUAAGUAUGAAAAAUGUUUGAAACACCACUGAAAAUCUCACCAGUUGUGAUUAUUUUGACAAUCUGAUCUAAAUUAAGGGUGUCAUGUCAUGUUUUCUUUUUGAAUUCAAACUUUAAAUCUGGUUUGGUUGCAGCAAUUUUCGUAAAUGGUUAUAGUUCCAUUUCAUUAAU